CAAAGAUAAUACUACCCUCUUUUCUUUCUCAUCAUCUUGUACACUCUCUUAGCUAGCUCCACUAUUUUAUUCCUUCUAUCUUUUUUUCUGCAUAAAAACCCUACUUCCACAUCCCUUGCCCCUUCCCCUUCCCAUGCUCUGCUCCUCACUUUAGCCUAUUAGCAGCUUCAUUCCUUCUUCCAUUCCUCCCUGUUCCCUACUACUCAUGGAUGUGGACAUAUUCAAAACCUCUACUGCUAGUGACAGCAUGGACAUGAUGGCAAUGAUGAUGCAGCAGAUGGAAAAGCUUCCUCCUCCUGAAUUAUCUGAACCUCCUUUUUAUACCACCUACCCAUCACAAACCGACUUCCAUAAUAACAAUAAUGUUGAACCAAACUUGAUUAAUCCCACUUUCAUCUUCCAACAACAACAUUCCAUGGCACCACCACCACCACCACCUGUAAUCACCACCAACAACGAUGAUAUUAUUACUUCUUCUUUUCCCUACCCUCCUCCUCCUCCUCCUUCUUGUUCCGAUGGCAGCAACAAGAAGAACUCGAUGGCUGCCAUGAGGGAGAUGAUAUUCCGGGUGGCGGUUAUGCAACCGGUUCACAUAGACCCGGAGUCUAUAAAGCCACCAAAGCGGAGGAACGUGAAGAUCUCAAAGGAUCCUCAGAGCGUGGCGGCGAGGCACAGGAGGGAGAGGAUAAGCGAGAGGAUAAGGAUUCUUCAGAGAUUAGUCCCCGGUGGAACUAAAAUGGACACAGCUUCCAUGUUGGAUGAGGCCAUUCACUACGUCAAGUUCUUGAAGAAGCAAGUGCAGACUCUCGAACAAGCAGGAGGAGGGAGAACAUGUAAUAAUAAUAAUGGCUUCACGGGAUUCUCAUCAUCCAUUAAUGGCAGUAAUUAUCCUGCUAUGGUUAAAGGUUGCCACCAACCUUAUCCUCCCAUGCUGAUGAGUUCUUCUGCUUCAAAACAAUUGCUCAGCUGAUGAUGAUGAUGAUGAGCCUCAUCAAUUCUGUUGUGUUCUGUUCUGUUGUGUCAGUGUUGUAACUUGUCGUCGUCAUUGCACUUGCAUUGUUAGUUUCUCUCUUUUUCCAAUGUAAAAGGAUGGAAG